GGAGGGUGUCUACCGUGAAUUGUGUACGGACGAAGAAUUACAAGAUAAUGUCGAUGUAUGCUAUAAGCAGGAUCUCAGGUAAGCCUUUGGCUUUCGCACACUCAUCAACGAUGUUCUAAUACCGCGACAGGUUGAAUUUGUUCUUCACCGUUGCAUCGAUAACUGCGAACGUCUCCGCACUCCCAGUAGGAACCAUUCUCGAUCGCUAUGGCUCUCGCGUUUGUGGAUUUGCAAGUUGCGCCCUCCUCACCGCAGGUAGCCUUCUAAUGGCAUACUCCUUCUUCCGGCCUGACUUUGAUGGAUAUAUAAUUGGCAACAUCUUCCUAGCCUUAGGAGGAACUUUUAUCUUUGUUCCCUCGUUCCAGAUUGCGCACGCCUUCCCAAGAUACGCAGGAACGAUUGUUGCCCUUGUUACUGGCGCCUUUGAUGCUUCCGCUGCAGUUUAUCUGUUUUAUGGGGUACUCUACUACACAACUGAUAAAGGUUUCACGCCAGCCAAGUUCUUCCUGGGCUAUCUCAUCGUACCGGCGCUUAUUCUUGUCUCUUUAUUGACUUUUAUGCCCUCUAGAGACUACCAAUCGGUCCAGCAACUCGAGGUCAAGAUUGAUAAAGCUGCGGAUGCCACCCGCGAUGUCCACGAGUCAGACGAGGAUAUCGAAAGUGACUCAGAGCUCCGGCGGGUCCGAAGCCAGCGUGCAGAACGGCGGCACAAGAAGAUGCGCAAACUCGACGAAGUGCUUGGAGGCAAGGACGAAAGGAAGCAACGAGAGGUGUACGAAGAGGAGCGCCAAGAAACAAGUGGUGUUUGGGGCGCUCUCCAUGGCCAGCCCGCGCACAAGCAAAUGGCCACGCCGUGGUUCAUUCUCAUCACGCUGAUGACUGUGCUGCAGAUGUUGCGAAUGAAUUACUUCAUCGCUACAAUCAGGUCGCAGUACGAGUAUAUGCUGGGCUCGAAAGAGCAGGCCAGUCUGAUUAACAAUGUUUUCGAUAUAGCAUUGCCGGUGGGCGGUGUCAUCUCCACUCCCUUGAUAGGGAUCUUGCUAGAUCAACUCAGCGUUCCAGCCACGCUUACCAUAAUCGUGGUGUUGACCACUGCCGUUGGAGCGCUGAAUUCGGUACCAGCAAUAUGGGCUGGGUACAUAACUGUCUCUUUGUUCGUUCUGUUGCGACCACUUUAUUACUCCGCCAUGUCUGACUAUGCCACGAAAGUGUUCGGCUUCGCAACAUUCGGCCGUGUAUAUGGGACCAUCAUUUGCUUUUCGGGCUUGGUGAAUUUCUCACAAUACGGCCUGGACACCCUUACUCACAGCUUGUUUCACGACGACCCAAUUCCCAUUAAUGCUUUUCUGACCGGUGCUGGAUUUCUAGUCGGGGUUGCAUUAGUUGCGUUUGUUUAUCUGUCUGGGAGGGAUAUGAAAGAGAAGGAGGAAGAAGGCGAUGAUGAAGAGCGGCAGAGAUUGAUUCCCGAGGAUGAUGAAGAGGAAGAGUGACAAGUAUCGCAGCGUGUCUUGUUGCAUCUUCUCCUGGGUCAAAUAAUGUUGAAGAAUAGAUGAAAUAGCUCACAGUUAACAAUGAUAAUACGGUAGUUGAAUCAGACGAGUAUAUGCAAUGCAGGUCUUAAACAUAACUCACUCUACCCUUGAUAUUUGUUGGUUGAAUUGGUCUUUCUAUCGUGUAAUCCAUCCUAUCUAUUGACAUCGAGCUGUUCUAUUCGCUAUAUUAGCCGAUAAGUACCUUAGUUGAAUCAGCAUUGAUCCCAUGCAAUUGAGGGGGAUCGGCGGUAUAUUUAGCAGACACGGUUUCUGUUCGUCGCAGGCCAAUCGGUAUAUGAUUACUACUUCCG